UCGGCUGCUGCGGAAGGAAGCCGGGCAAACCUCGACGGGAGGGGCCCCCAAGGCAGGCCUCCGGUGGUGGGGGAUCCGCGCACCCCUCCCCUCGGUCCCCCGGCGCCGGUCCUGCGGGGAGGGGGCGGGGGGCGCCCCCGGCGCUGCCGAUGACCGCGGGCCCGCCGCGCGCCCCUGCCUCCGGCCCCUCCGCGCCUCGCCCCGCGCCUUUCCCCGAGGCCGGGACGCCCCCCAUGUCGGAGAAGCCGCAGCAGCAGCAGCAGCAGCAGCCGGCCCCGGCCAUGGAGUCCGCCUCGUCCACCACCUCGUCGACCCCCAGCAGCGGCGGCGGCGGCAGCAGCGGCAGCGGCGGCGGCGGCGUCGGGGGGGCCCCCAAGGCCAAGAAGACCAACGCGGGCAUCCGACGGCCGGAGAAGCCGCCCUACUCGUACAUCGCGCUGAUCGUGAUGGCGAUCCAGAGCUCGCCGUCGAAGCGCCUGACGCUGAGCGAGAUCUACCAGUUCCUGCAGGCGCGCUUCCCCUUCUUCCGCGGCUCCUACCAGGGCUGGAAGAACUCGGUGCGCCACAACCUGUCGCUCAACGAGUGCUUCAUCAAGCUGCCCAAGGGCCUGGGCCGCCCGGGCAAGGGCCACUACUGGACCAUCGACCCGGCCAGCGAGUUCAUGUUCGAGGAGGGCUCCUUCCGACGGCGGCCCCGCGGCUUCAGGCGGAAGUGCCAGGCCCUCAAGCCCAUGUACAUGAUGAACGGCUUGAAUUUCAACCACCUCCCGGACGGCUACGGCUUCCAGGCGCCCGCCGGGGCCCCCAACACCUUGCCCCUCGACGGCGGGGCCCUGGGCAUGAUGAACAUGGAGGGCAUGGGCUUGGCCGGCCACUCCAUGCCCCACUUGGCCCCCAACGGCGCCCAUCACUCCUACAUGGGCGGCUGCGGCGGAGGGGCGGGAGGGGGCUCGGUGGGGGGCGACUACGGCCACCACGACGGCUCGGUGCCCGCCUCGCCUUUGCUGCCGGGCGGAGGGGUGAUGGAGCCGCACUCGGUCUACUCCAGCACGGCCCCGUCGGCCUGGGCGCCCUCGCCGGGCCUCAACAGCGGGGCCUCCUACAUCAAGCAGCAACCCUUGUCCCCUUGCAACCCGGCAGGCAACCCGCUGCCCACGGGCCUGUCCGCCCACUCGCUGGAACAGCCUUACUUGCACCAGAACAGCCACAACCAGGCGGAACUGCAAGGGAUCCGUUAUCAUUCACAGUCUCCCAGCAUGUGCGACAGGAAGGAGUUUGUCUUCUCCAUCAAUGCCAUGGCGUCCUCUUCGAUGCAUUCGGCAGGUAGCGGCUCUUAUUAUCACCAGCAAGUGACUUAUCAAGACAUCAAACCGUGCGUGAUGUGACAGUAAGGCCGGGGAGCCGAGCUUUCUCGGGGGACAGCCGACCCGGUGACAUGCAUGAAAAUUGAGUGGGACUAUGGGACUUUUUACCUUAAACUCCCCUUGGGAAACCGUGGACUUCCUUAAAUGCUAGAUGCAUUGUUGCUCUUGAGGUAUAUCAACAUUCAAGCAAGGAACAGGCCUUUGAAAGACUUUGAAGAGGAGCAGGGAUGCGUUGAGGAUACCUUUUCUAGGGGAAACUGAACCCCGAAACUCCAAAUAUUCCUGUCCCUUUUCCUUUGGGCCGUUAUGCCUCCAGAAUUCUGAUUGGAAGACUCCCAAAAAACCACAUUUUUGCCUCCCGAAAUCAGAGGAGCUCUAAGUUUUAAGUACGUCCAACUACAAACUCCCAAGUCGUAAUUUUUCAUUUUUAAUUCUCGAUUCUCCUUUCAAGAAAGGAUUCUAGAUUUUUAGAUGGAGAGGACCUGUAAUCCACAGAAGAAACAAAUGCCUCCUAUUAGCCUACGAAUGAAGGUUUGUUUUCAUUAGAUUCCCCAGCUGGCUGUCUUUGGGUCUGCCAUUCCACAAGCAGUCAGCCUCCUUCUUUUCUCAUUUUGGGUCUGUGAGUAAAAGUCUAUUUAUGUUUUACUCAUGAGUUAGGCCAACGGAAUAAUCUCCGGAGAUCUCAGUGGGAGUCUAUUUACCUUCUUCCCUAAUACGAAAAUGUUGAUUUCGUUUUCCCAGAGAUCUUUGCAUCCUCCAGGUGGAUUGAUGGGAAUCUGAAAAAAAAACACGCAAUGACACACCCACACACACACAUGAGAACACAACCAAAUCGAUGAGGUUGUGUAGACAGACUCCCCCCCCACCCCGCACAUAGUACUAUAUUACAAGAAUCUCCCAUCAACCAAGCCUCUGUCCUGUUUCUAAAUAUCAACUCCAACAUUACGAAAAUAAAACAAUAAAAAAGCACUUUCAGAAAUAAAGGGUUUUUUUAAAAAAAAAUGAAAAGAUUACCAAGGCUCAUGCUUUUAUUUAUUCAACCUUUUAAUAAAACACAACAGCAGCCUUGAUCGAUCAGUAUUCAAAGGGUUAACUUGUCGGCAAUAUUUGCCAUCAAGAUUUUGUGAUUGUGUGUGUGUGUGUGUGUGUGUGUGUGGAUGCGUGGGUGUGUGGAUGUGUGGAUGCGCAUGUAUGUGCUAAAUAGCCAUUGUUAAUGUGGAGUGUCAGUGUGCCAAGACAACUUUCUCUAUGUUUUAUAUAUAAUUAUAUAUAAAUAUAUAAAUAUAAAUGAAGGAUUCUUGUCUUCUAUAUUUUUUGUCCCUUUGCCUAACUGUACAGUUCCAUGACACACCUAUUUUAAAUUACAUUCUGCACUGUAUUAAAGUGUAACGAUGGGGGGGAAGGGCUUUAGAUGCCCUCUCCCGUUUCUUUUAUGUGUGUGUUUGUCCUUUAAAAAAAUUAGAAUGCAAAUAAACAAUGUAUGAUGUUCGUA